GAUCCGUAAAAUAUAAUAACAUUGCUGAAAUACAUGUAUUGAAAUGACAGACUAUUGCCAAGAUGCGAUAACAAGUUCAUUUUCUUUACCAACUGUGCAAGUCGAGAAAGAAAUUUUAAAAUUGAUAAAUUGACAAUGUGGUGGAAUAGAGGUAACAGUGUUAAAAAAAGAGAAAAGUCAACACCAGCAGACGAAUUUCGCACAAAUACAAGUAGAGAAAGAAACGAUUCUCCUAAUCGUGGACAGACACCACCAAGAUCACUUCCGAUUGGUUUGCCGAUUGUACAGCAAUCUCGUCAGCCAUCGCGUUAUUCAUGUGUUUAUGAUGAUGGUGGAACAGAAUUAAAAAAAUUUCAUAAACGCAGAAGUUUGGAUAAUAUUGAUUUUCAUUCGGAUAAUGAGACUCUUGAUGUGCGAAAUCACAGAGAGACUUUAGAGGCCGUCAAAGAUAUUGAACCUCACAAUGAUAAACAAGACAAGCGACGUUACUCAGUGGACACCGCAAAAUCAUUACGCCAAUCCUCAUCAAAAACUUCACUACGGUCCUUAGCUUCACCUGAUAGCUCUAAAAGCUAUUCGUUGAACAGUCUUUCUUCAUCCUACGGUGCCGACAUUACUGACUACCAAAUGGUCGACCAGGAAGGCAUUAUAAAUCUCACUGUUCACGUUCGACAAUUUUCUGAUGCUAUAAACAAUCUCAGGAGCGCAUUUUCAAGCAAUGGCUCGGACACCGACUCAGAUGAAAAUCAUGAGGGUGAAACUACCUUGGAAAAGUACCAUGCAAAAGUUCAUAAAUGCUUGGCAGAUGUGUUAUUUCAUUUAAAAGAAGUGAUUCAUCGUUUUCCAUCCAUGAACACUAAUGAGAUUUUUACUGCGGCUGGUAUACUUAUCCGUAACGUCAAAAAUCUCAGUCAUGUCGACAGGAAAAACCCAGAUGAAUUUAACGAAGUAAUUGAUCAGUUGGCUUUAAUCUUUAGUAGCAGUAUUUCCGAUCUAUUGACGGGUGACCAAGAGCAGGAACCCAAUCACAAGACUGGUGAUGAUGGUGAGGAUGUAGAUGAUUAUACUAAUGAAGAUGAGGAAGGAAGUGAAGGAGAUAUUUUGUCAGAGAAUAUGAGUUUACAUUCCAGACAAAAUUCUGGUAGUGAUGUCCUUAACGAUAAGGAUGAUGUUGAAAUCGACGAAGUUUUGCUCAAAAUGGAGGCGGGCGUCGACUUUUGCUUACAGUGGACAAAAUAUUGGUCUAAAUAUGUGAAAGACAUCGCCAACUAUGUUGAAAAGAGAGCGCUGCUUGAAGUGGAGUAUACGAAACAGCUGACGAAGUUGGCUCAAGCUACAAGAGCUGCAAUCAGUGAGGAGAGUAAUCUUCCUUUUCAGUCGACGUUUAUCACGGCAUUAGAGCAGGACAUGGAAUAUGCGCAAAAAUGUCAGCAAACUCAGGUUGCUAUCAGUGGAUCAAAAUUUAUGGAGCCUUUAAUGCAACGUCGUUCUGUUCACGAUCGUGCCCGAAAAGAUAUGAAGGACGAGUGGGCGAAAACACGUCGACAAUUGCACGAUUCAGCAAAUACGGUCAAAACAACAGAAAAUAACUAUCAUAAGAGAUAUCAGGAUCUUGAGAAGGCGCUCUUUUCAGCCGUCGAUCUUGAUUGUUUUAGCUGAAUCCUAGACAGGGAGACGUAAAAGAAAUAAGUCGAGAUGACAGUUUCUCGGUGUUCAGCUCCAACAAA